CAUCGGAGGAGUAUUGGUUACAGUGCAUUAUAAUGUGUUUAACAAUCCGAUUGGCUGGUCAGUACAGUCUCGAUUCUCUGACCAGUGAGUCGAGCUCGGAAGUUGCCAGUAUAAGUACUGGUUGCCGAAUUUCCACCAGCAGCUGGCCCGUCACCCGUGUCUCCCACAAAUUCUUAGCAGUUCUGCACGGCCAAGACGUGCACGUUGUUGCACUCGCUCUCUCAUGCGAGUUCCUUUACGCAGGCUCGAACAAAGGCGACAUUCGAGCAUGGGACCACCCGAACAUGCAAGAGGCUCCGAAAUUCGGAUGUAGUGAAGCAGCGGUGAAAUGCUUAAUUGUAGUCGGUAGCAAAAUCAUUAGCGCGCAUCAGGACCACAAGAUUAGAGUGUGGCGUCGAUCGAAGAGCAACCCCAAAGAGCAUAAGCUAUUGACCACGUUACCGUCAAUGAAAGACUACAUUACAAACUUCCUGCCUCCGAAAAACUAUGUUAAGGUUCGGCGGCAUCACAAGACACUCUGGAUUAAUCAUCACGAUUGCAUUACAUCUCUGGUGGUCGGCAAUGGCGUACUGUACUCCGGCUCCUGGGAUAAAUCCGUGAAGGUAUGGCGCCUCGAAGAUUUUAAGUGCCUGGAGUCGCUCAAUGUGCACAUAGAUGCGGUGAAUGCACUUGCGGUGGACACACGAAAUGACCUUCUCUACAGCGGCUCGGGCGAUACCACCAUUAAGUUGUUUCAUAAGCAGGAGAGCGAGGGGAAGCAAUGCCAGCAUGUGCUGAUCGCAACUUUGGAAGCAAAGUCGCCGGUGAACGCACUCGCGUUAAGUCCUGAUGUGUCUGUUCUUUACUCAGGCCAGAGUGACAAAGCGGUCACCGUGUGGAAGAUGCAUGUCGGCGAAACCAGACAGUGGACCGCGGUGGGCACAUUGCUAGGGCACCGGAUGUCUGUUCUGUGUCUAAGCACCUUGACGAAUAUUGUUAUCAGCGGAUCGGCGGACAAGACUAUCCGGGUGUGGAAAAGAAACAACAACGGCCAUCAUUCUUGUGUCUCCGUGAUGGUUGGUCACACAGGCCCCGUGAAGUCCCUCUGUGCCAUGCCGGACGCAGAAUGGGGGGUUUUGGUGUACAGCGGAAGCUUGGAUGGCGAUAUUCGCGUGUGGUGGGUUCCGGAAGACGAUUCCGACAGUCUCUCCUCGGACGAGACCAACGCCCUGGACAGUCCUCUAGUCGUCAAUUGGAGAGCUUCAACGCCAAACGCGCGAGACUUGCCAAGGCCCACUGUGCCGAGAUAACCAGGUGGAUCACACCCGGCACCAGUUCAUAAUCUUUCAAACUUAUUCAAAGUCGGACAGACUCCACCAUCUCCAGCUUUCCGACCAUCGAGAUUGAGCUAGCCCGGGGGUUGUCACUACAAUUGUGAGCUAUCCACAAAGCCACUGCCACGCAGGUUUCGAUCGCGAUCACAUGUACAGAUACGUUGCCAACUCCACCAUCCAGAUGUAACAUCGUUCGCUCGAGUUGCCAAAUCCAGAAACCCUGCAGCGUCUGUCUACGCCGAGAUUCUAGAACAACCAAUUCUUCUAACUUUUCUCAAGGCCACAGUCUUCUCUGGGGGAAGCUACCAUUUAUGGGAGAGAUAAAGUGCUUUCACCGAACCCAGCAUGACAAAGUAGCAAUUGCAUAAAACGACAGGAACAAUACUAUGAUAUGAGAUACAUGGAAAGUAUUUAAUAGUGGACUUCACUCAUUUGGUUUAUCUACAAAACUCGAUUUAAGUAUGUAGAAUCCACGCAAUUCUUUCAAACCAUAGUGCUGUGUUCUUUGCCUGCCGACUCAACCUUGUAGACUAAGAGCUUUCCUGUCCAUAUUUUCUUUUUUUUUGCGGACAUAAAGAAAAAGUAAUUAAACGAAUUCAAGAAU